AUGGCAGACAAAAUAGCCGACGAGUAUGCCGAGAGCAUUGAUCCUGAAAUCUACGCCAACAAUCCCGCAUACUCCUCCCUCUUUGACCCAUAUAUUCACAAGCAAACGAUUAUCGCCGACCAUGUCUCAGUGCAAUGCCACAUAGACCUCAAUGGAAUUGAUGCCGUUGGGUCCAAGUUCGGCAAUCUGAAUGCACAUGCUGGUAAUUUUACUUCGCUAUGUGCGCCAAAUUGCCUACCCGAAAGAUUGGCACUUGUCGCUUACACUGUUGAAUAUGCAUUCCUUCAUGAUGAUGAAACCGAUAAUGCUGCUGAUCAAGAAGCUUUGUCGCUUGAGAAUAAGAUGCUUCAUCAGGCUAUUAACCAGAGCGGCAUGACUUCUGUGUCGACCAGAGUUUCACCUAAAGCACAACGCAAAGCCGAGGUCCAGGCCAAGAUUGCCGCUGAGUACCUGCGUCUUGACCCCGUGUUCGGCGAAUGGUUCCUUAAGGCUUGGCAAACAUUCACUGCUUCAGUACAGGACGUGAGAAGUCUUGAAUUCCCUAAUCUGGAUGACUACCUAGCGUUCAGAAUUGUUGAUGCAGCAGCAGACUGGACCCUCUAUAAUUUCCGAUGGGGAUCAGGCAUCACUCUCACUCCUGAGGAAGAAAAAAUCGCCGACCCUAUGAGCUACGCCGCAUAUGCGGAAUUAUGUCUUGUGAAUGACUUGUUCUCUUGGGACAAGGAAUACGCAGCUUAUGUCAAAAGCAAUGGCGACGUGCCAUUGGUUAAUGCAGUACACAUUGUUGCGGUUACACAGGGUCUGACGCACUGCGCAGCGAAGGCAGUUGUUCAGGCUGAGGUACGAGCACACGAAGAGCGAUUUUGUUUCCUGAAAGAACAGUAUGAGGCGACAUCUAGCCCAUCAGAAUCAGUUCUUCGCUGGUUAAAACUGCUUGAGCACUCCAUGGCUGGAAACUGGGUGUGGAGUCUUUGCGUUCCUCGUUACUUCAAGGUUGACAGGAAUCCUUAUAAAGAUCACCUUGCGAAGUUCGGCAGCGAUGCCGUGCGAGUUCUCACGCCCCAAAAUGAGCUUCUUGACUCUAAAAAAGAGACCAAAGAGACUGAGCAGAGCGUGGUCAAAGCUCCCAGCCCAAAAACAACAGUUGAGAGCGAUGUUCUGGCCAAGUACUCCUCUGGGCUCGAUGAUAUUCAAGAUGGAAGUGUGCUCAGACGCGGAAGGCCAGUGGCGCAUCAGAUAUUUGGCGUUGGCCAAACUAUCAACACUGCGACAUAUCUGAUGAAUGAAGCCUUGUCUCUUAUCCAGAUGCUUUCGCCAUCUGCGGUAACAGUUUACACCGAUGAAAUGCGUAAUCUCCAGCUUGGACAGGGACGCGAUCUCCACUGGAGUUAUCACACGCAUGUCCCGACCCCUGCACAAUAUAUCGGCAUGGUUGAUGGCAAGACUGGUGGCCUCUUCCGCCUCAUCAGCCGUCUGAUGAGAUCAGAGGCGACUACGAAUAGCGACCUUGAUAUAAGUCAGUUUGCGACCUUGCUUGGAAGACACUUCCAAAUCCGAGAUGACUAUCAGAACCUUCAAAGCGAAGAUUACACAAAGAACAAGGGCUUCUGUGACGAUCUCGAUGAAGGGAAGUUAUCUUUCCCGAUCAUCGUAUCUAUGCAAUCCCCUGGCUUCUCCAACACAGCAUUGUCAAGCAUCUUCAAGGGUUCCCAAAAAGGCGAAACCCUGACACUCGAGAUGAAACAGUACAUACUGGAGGAGAUCACUGCUCGGGGAGCUUUCACCGAAACGAAAGCUGUGUUGAGGAAAUUGCAUACCGAACUGCUCCGCCUCCUCGUGGAAACCGAAAAGCUAGCCGGCGGAAUCGAGAAUUGGGCACUGCGGUUGUUGAUUAUGAAGCUUGACCUCGGAGAUGAGAAGAAAAAGGUCGCACAUAAGACUGAUUCCGCUUGGAAGAUCAACCAGCGACGGGCGUGGAAAGGAAGUCAGAAGAAUGGGCGACCUAUUGAUAAGGCUUGCUUUUUGAGGGCUAUGGAAGAGGCGACUCAGAAAUGA